AUGACUAAAGUGUCACUGAUAGUGGCAGCGCUGGUUCCCAAGUACGGAAUUGGCUACAAGGGCCAGCUGCCGUGGGCAUUGAAGGAGGAAAUGCGGUAUUUUCGCAGAAUUACAACGCAGACGGCAGAUAAAAAUAAGAAAAACGCGGUUGUAAUGGGCAGGAAAACUUGGGAAUCGAUCCCGGAACGGUUCCGUCCUUUGAAAGGAAGAGUAAAUGUGGUUCUUACGCGUGAUUUGAGCGCGUUUUCAAGCAAAUAUUCCGAGGAAGUGGCGAAGCAUGGGAAUAAUGUCAAAAUAGCAGAUUCUCUAAAAAGCGCGCUCCAGACGCUGGACAUGGACAUCAUUGAGGAGGUUUUUGUGAUUGGCGGAGCUGAGCUCUAUAACGACGUGCUUCGAACCACGCCAGAGCUGGUGGAUAGACUCCUUUUGACGGAAGUCAGCACCGAGAAGGAACUAGAAAUGGAUGCCUUUAUAAACGUCGGAUCGCUCUGGAAAAGGGACGACCCGCAGGUGUGGAAGUCGUAUCUGGCCAGCAAAGGGCUUGAAAACGAGUUCUCACAAGACAACCGCGAGGCUGACUUCCAGUUCAGCUACCAUAUCUAUAGUCGGUGUUAG